AUGGCUGCAGGCGGAGAGCAAGGGGGCUCAUUCAACCCAUUCAGGAACAAAAAGAAAGAGGAUGCGGCCAAGAAGGCGCUCCAAGAAAUGUUCCAGGGGAAGCAGGACAUGUUGGCAGCCUAUGAUGCUGGAGGUGGCGGCUCAGGCAAGGGAGGCAAGGGUGGAAGGGGGGGCGGUGGUGAUGGGGAGGACGGCGGCGGCUUUAAUUUCCGAGAGUGGUCAACGAAGUUCCUGAGGGAUCUGGGGGGCGGUGCAAAGUCGCUGCUGCAGACGGUGGCAGCGCUCCUGCUGCUGCUGAGCGUCUUCUACGCUGCCAGUUUCGUGCGGCCGCUGUCCGCGGCAGCCCUCAACGCCGUGCGAUACAUCCUGCGCCUGGACGGCAGAGGCGCCCGCAGGGUGAGACUGCCAGCAUGCUUACCGCUGUGCUACUUGCCCUUGCAAACCAAUGAAUGGAACUUUUCAAUUCUACGUUAUAGUGAUUCGUUGAUUGCCAGGGAGACUGUUGGUCAAUGUGCAAUAAUUGCCUGA